AGUCACGUGACGCCUCAGCUGACUGGCUCAGGAUCACUGGAAUUUGUUGAAUGACAUCUACUUGCGAGUUAGCUAUUUACCUUUCAUGGUUAUAGGCUAGAGUAUCCGUGAUAUAUUGAAAACGUAUAGCUAGCUAUCCUACAGAUCUAACAAGAGGAAUAGACCACGUUGUUCAACUGAAACUACAGGAUGUCAGGCAAAGACAGGAUCGAAGUGUUCCCCUCUCGAAUGGCUCAGACCAUUAUGAAGGCACGUUUGAAAGGUGCACAAACGGGCCGGAACCUGCUCAAAAAGAAAGCGGACGCGCUGUCUAUGCGCUUCCGACAGAUACUGCGAAAGAUCAUAGAGACCAAGACUCUGAUGGGGGAGGUGAUGAGGGAGGCUGCAUUUUCCCUAGCUGAAGCAAAGUUUGCUGCUGGAGAUUUCAGUACCACAGUGAUCCAGAAUGUGAAUAAAGCUCAGGUGAAAGUCCGGGCAAAGAAGGACAACGUGGCAGGUGUCACCCUGCCAAUUUUUGAACACUAUCAAGAGGGAGGGGACAGCUAUGAGCUGACUGGUCUGGCCAGAGGGGGAGAGCAGCUGGCCAAACUGAAGAGGAAUUAUGCCAAGGCAGUGGAGCUGCUGGUGGAGUUAGCCUCCUUGCAGACCUCGUUUGUAACGCUGGAUGAGGCCAUCAAGAUCACCAACCGCCGCGUGAACGCCAUCGAACACGUGAUCAUCCCUCGUAUUGAGCGUACCCUGGCCUAUAUAAUCUCUGAGCUGGAUGAGAGGGAGAGAGAGGAGUUCUACAGGCUGAAGAAGAUCCAGGAGAAAAAGAAAGAGUCAAAGAAGAGGAUGGAGCUGGAAAUUGCCGCACGCUUGGCCAAACUAGGCCCCAUUGCCGAACCCGUCAACCUGCUGGCAGAGGAAGCCGACGAGGACAUGCUGUUUGAGUGACAGGUCCAUGGGCGGGGCCUGCCCCUUCUCUUAUUUAUUAUAAGCCUCUGAGACCAUUUUGUCUUUGGAACUAAAAUUGUGCUUUUUUUUGUUCUUGGUUAAUUUGUCCUGUGCUUUGUUGUCAUUUUUUUUGUUCGCCUCAGAUGAACACUUGUGUUGAUGAAUGAGUAUUUUACUUGAUUUUCUUUAUCGCACAAACCUGUCUGUGUUGCUGGUUCAUUGCAGUGUUCAGAGACCAAAUAAAAGAUGGUUAAGGAUUCAUGUGGUAAAAAAAACUAGGAAAUGUGGAAAGGGAGGGAAAAGGAAUUGCGGUGGUGAUUCAGAGCACUCUUUAGAGGUUGGUCACAAAGUUCAUGAAGACCAACUCACUUCACUGACUGCUAAUGCACACCAGAUUAGUUAAAAUAUAGCUGCAUACUAACAAUAACUACAGACGACCAGACAGAACUGUGGAACUACAGUUCCCACUGGGAGUGUCCCUGAUACAAAAAGGAAUAUGUUAAAAGAAAUUGUAGCUUAAAAAUUGUAAAUUUUACUGAAAAUAUGUUAGUAGCAAUUAGCUAUAAUGGCUAGGUGUACAAGAUUUGUCACUGAUUUAUUCAGGUGUACAACGGCCUGGCAUGCGUCUCCUUUGCAGCCUUAUUGUAAUUGGCCCAGUCCAAUCUCUCUUGUAAAAUGUGCCGGCUUGCUUUUCAUCUCAGUAUAAUGUUUUGCCAAGUAAACCGUGGGUUGCCAUUGGAUUUUAUGGCGCUCGGCUAGCAGUAGUAAGUGUGAUUGAUUGUGUUGCUUUCAGUGCAUUUGGGCCUCACUGUUAAGUCAUAUAUUCACAUACUGUUCUGUGACCAAGCAUGGGCAAAAACAUGUCCUCUCUCUACCAUUGUGAAAACCAAGAACGCGUUCUCAAUCGCUCUGUUCUCCCUCCCCCGUCCCAGAUGGGGUGUUCAAACAUUCAAUUUGCUGCCCUAUGACCACCCUGUAGCUAAGGACCUCCACCUCAAAAUGGCCAACAUUUCACAUCUUUAUUCAAGUAGCUGCAAUGCAUUGGCUAUUUAACACACUGGUACAUAAAAGUAUGUGUAAAUCUUCCCAUUAUAAAUAUAUGGUUCUGUACAAGACAUAGGUACUUAGGCAAUAUAAGUGUUUAAUUAUAGCGAUCGCAAUAUUACCCAGGAACUGUAAAUCGAUGUCUGUUUAGAGUCUUAAAUUAUGUCAUUAAAGAAAUGUUAAAAUACAA